AUGAAGUUCACUGCUGUUGCCCUUGCUGCUGUUGCCUCGAUCGCUGCUGCUUCCCCAGCCAUCGUCAAACGUGAUGAGACCGUAACUAACACCCUCAUCGAAGAUGGUACUACUGUUGUCCAAGUCGUUGAGUUGAUCAAUGGCGGUGCCACCACAACCACCACUGCCACCACCACCGUUGUCACUACCACCACCAGCGAAAGCGCUCUUUUGGAGAUCGGUGAGGAUGAGAUCUCAUCCCUCUUGGAUCGUCUUUUCCCCACUGGCGCUCCUGAGCCCUCAUCAUCCGACUCUCAAGGUCCUAUUGGUGAUCUCGUAUCGGAUGUCACUGAUGCUGCUGGUGAUGCUAUCUCUGACGUCACUGACGCCGUUGGCGAUGCCGUUUCAGACGUCACUAAAGCUGCUGGUGAUCUUCUUUCGAACGCUGGUAAUGCUGUUAGUGAUGUUGCCAGUGCUGUCGGUGAUAUUCUUCCCGGCGGUUUCUAA